AUGAGUGUUUGUUUGGUGGUUACCAAAAGUAUAGCGACAACGGCGUUGGGGAUCUACACAGGGAUGGUUGUGACGAAGAAUUUGAUCCUAACGCCCAAGUCUUUGAUGUAUAAUGGUACUGAUGGAGAGGGAGGUGAUAAUGCUUCCAAUGGGAUGAAGGAGGGGAACUUUGGUGCGACCGGUGCGAGCAGUGGGGAAGGGCUGGGGCUAUAUAGCUGGGUGACGGGUGCAUUAGCGGCGGUAUCUACGGUUUUCUUUGGAGUAUCAUAUUUCGGGGCGCCAACGUAUUGGAGACACCCGUAUCUGUUGUACUGUCUUGUUGGGUUGCCUUUGACAUGGCUGUUAGAAAGCGGAGCCGUCAAGGUGGAGUUUAGCAGCAGUUCUUGCAGCAAGUGUAUGCCAAUUUUCCCUGUUCCAGGGCAGUCCUAUGUGGGUGGGGCAGCUGCGGGGGCUACUUCUGAGGCGGAAGAAGAAGGUGGAUUGAGUACAAGCGAUGAACAUGACGAUAUUAUCUCAGAGGAUAGCAUUGUGGACUUGGCACAGCAGGAAGAAACUAGCGCCAAGAUUGCAGGCUCCGAUUCCAAGAUUCCACGUGGCGAUGAUGGUGGUUCAGAGUGCGAGCCCUCAAAAGUGGUGACGUUGCUAUAUUUUGUUGGCAGAUACAUCACUGUUGCGAGCUCAGCACUGCUAUUUACAGCUUGCGUGGUUGGAUGCCUUGGGGAGACAUUGUAA